UAUAUCCGUGGGUACCAGAAUGGCAACGGUUGAGGAGUCUGUAGUGAGCCUGCUACCGUUGCCCCAUGCUCACUCGCAACAGUUAUACCGAGGCUAUAAACGGGGAGAACGUGUAGAUAGCCACCAGUAUGUUCCAGAGCGUUUCUCCGUUUAUUCUGUUCCGUACGGCUGCCAUUAGAUUCAGUGUAUCAGUUCAUUAUUCAUUGUUUCUCGUCUGCGGAUGAGUUAGGAAAAGUUAGUCAAAAAUGACUGGCUUCGAAAUUUUUUGUGGCAUCGUGACGGUGCUACUCCUACUUUACUACUAUUCCACCUCAACUUAUAAUUUUUGGAAGAAACGCGGUGUUCCUGGACCGGAACCCAUACCGCUUCUUGGUAAUGUCGCCAGAGUGAUGUUCUCCAAGCUGUCGAUGGGUCAAUACAUGCGGGAAGUGUACGAAAAAUAUAAAUCCGAACCUGCGAUUGGCCUAUUUAUAAGAAGACAACCAUUGUUGGUUUUAAACAGUCCUGACUUAAUCAAAACAGUCCUUAUUAAAGACUUCACGAAAUUUUCAGACCGUGGAAUUUCUCUCAAUGCAACGGCGGAACCACUUUCGCAGCACUUGUUUAGUCUGGAACCAGAAAGAUGGCGACCGUUGAGAACGAGACUCUCGCCAGUAUUCACGUCUGGCAGACUGAAGGAAAUGUUCUUCAUGAUCGUCGAUUGUGCUAAUAACCUUGAGAAGCAUUUAGAGAAAGUGGCAGUAGAAGGUGACACCAUCGAUUGCCGAGAUUUGGCAGCUAGAUACACUACGGACGUUAUUGGAAGCUGCGCCUUUGGAAUUGACAUGAAUUGUAUGUCGAACGAGGAAUCAGCAUUUCGUAAAGUGGGAAAAGAAUUCUUCGCUACCUCGUUUAAUCGAGUGAUAAGAAUUAGAAUGCGAGAAAUUACACCACAGUUCUACACCUUCCUUUCCCGCAUAUUACCGCGUCCCUAUGGAACUGACUUCUUUAUCGAUAGUGUUCUGAACAUGAUAGAGUACAGAAAGAAGAAUAAUAUCGUCAGAAACGAUUUCAUCAACACUUUGAUGGACAUCCGGGAUCAUCCUGAGAAGCUGGGUGACAUCGAAUUAACGGAUUCUCUACUCGCAGCGCAAGCAUUUGUUUUCUUUGUUGCUGGUUUUGAAACUUCAUCAUCAACAAUCAGUAACGCACUUUAUGAAUUGGCCUUGAAUCAGGAUAUACAAGAUAAGUUGCGGGAAGAGAUCAGGGAACAUCACGAAAUUAACAACGGAGAAUGGCACUAUGAAAAUAUAAAAGCCAUGCCAAUUCUAGACGGCGUAUUUAAGGAAACGCUGAGAAUGUACCCAGCAGUGCCAUUUAUUACAAGGAAAUCAGUCGAUGACUACACUUUUGAAGAUUUGAAAUUUUCAAUCCCGAAAGAGGUAGCUGUGUUUAUACCUUUGUAUGGAAUACACUACGAUCCAGACAUUUAUCCAAAUCCUGAAACUUUUGAUAUUAGUCGAUUUAUGGGUACCGCGGAGUCGAAGAGACACCCAAUGCACUAUUUACCAUUUGGCGAUGGCCCAAGGAAUUGCAUUGGUGCACGAUUCGCAGUUUUCCAAACGAAAAUUGGGCUUAUAAAGAUACUUCGUAACUGCAAAGUUGAUAUCUGCGAGAAAACUGUCAUCCCAUAUGAAGUUAAUCGACGCGCCUUUUUAUUAGCUCCGAACCAUCCCAUCACUUUGAAAGUAACAAAAGUUGAAAAUUAAAGGAACAAUUCUUUAUUUGAUACAUUUCAGGUAUUUUAAGUGUCCUUAAAACACAAAAAAUAACUGUGAUACAUUCAAAUACUAAUAUAUUAAAAUUAAUUUAUCGUAACUAUUAUGUUGAUUAACACCUUACGCUCAUCUUAAACUAUAAACGUGGGUCUUUUGUGUUCAACUGAUUUUCUAGCAUAUAAUAGUGGCGAAAAAUAGCUGAGAAAAUGCAUGUAGCAUAUUCCAACAACUAUGUCUUUGUCUCAUACCCACUUAAUAACUUUAUUUAUGCAAGAAAUGUUUCCCACUGAUUAGCUUGCGAGAAAUCAAAUGCGUACGAACUAGCCCGAACACAAAGUACCCACACUUACAGUUUAAGAAUACCGUAUUGUAAAUAUUAUAAGCGAGUUAGUCAAAACGAAAUUUAUUAUUAGUGAGUAUGUAAAUUAAAAUUUUUCAUAAAGUGUCAUCAUGCAAAAUAAAGAAAGAAUACGAAAGAUUUGUUUUAUCUAAAAUGGUAAAAA